UACAAAUGAACUAAGGCCUCCAUUGUAGAAUUUUAGAAAACACUACAUUUAUGAAAAAAACUGAAAGAUUUCUUUUAAUUAAACUUUUUGUGAUUUUAGUUUAUAUUACACCAUUUAAUUUUUUUUAAAUAACUAACAAAAAUGACAAUCUACGUAGAUAAUAGUAACAGUAAUAUUCAUACAAAAGUUUCUAUCACACACGCAUGCAACUAGAACUACACUGAAACGAUGAGGCGGGAAGCGAUUCUCAAGAGUCGAUAUAUCGAAUCAGUACCGCGCGCAAUAUUUGAAUUUGAACUGAUAAACGCAGAAAAAUUGAACUACUAUUUAUUAACAAAAGUGUAUAUUGUACAUUUAAUUAUUUAGAUUAAUAAAUUACUAUUAGCAAAAUUAUAUUAGAAUUUGAAGUGUGUGAAAAGACAAAGAAUAGAGAAUAAAAAAGUAGCAAUAUAUACAGUCGCUAAACCUUGAUCUAUAAUCUGCACUUGACAUUCGCAUGGUCAAGUGUAUAAUAAACAUUCUUGCAUUAAACUGUAACCAUCCGUUUAAAUGAACGUGCCUAAAUUUAACUACAUGUUUUUCUACAGUAUUGUCAUAUUUCUAUUAACUUGAGAUAUCAACGUUGAAACAACAUCUGCAAUUUAAGAAAGUCAAGAACAGCACGUCUAAGUUUCCUAACGUGCGUCUGCGAAGUAAAAGGCACGAUUUCACUAUAAAAUCAGUGCAACGGAAUGCACUGUUACGUCACUUGAUUCGCACUCAGAACACUCGAUUUGUAGACAUCAAUCGUAGAUACCUGUAAACAAUUAAUCAAUUACACAGUUAUUAUAAAAGAAUAGAAGAAAUCUUUGUAGAGAAUUUUUCAAAUAUUUAAUUUGUUUUAUGAAAUCCUACUUUAUCAUAUUGUAUUAUUUGUAUAAUAAAAAAAUAUGUCAAAUACAUUCAUAAAAAUUUUAAAACUAUGUAAAAUAAUAUAAAUUAAGGACCGUCUAGCUACAAUUACUUUUUUGCUAUAUAUUAAAAUCCUUAUAAAAAAUGUUUGUAAAAUUGUAAUUAUGUUACAAUAUUACGUUAAUGUUAUUGUUCCAUGGGAUGAUACAAUCACUUUCGAAGAAAUAAGAGAAAAAAGAAGGAUCUCAACCAGUUUCUGAUCUCAGUCAUGUAGAUAGUGUCGUUUGUCGAGUCUUUCGAAGACCUACUUGAAAAAAGCCAGUCGAUCCUCCUUACCGGUCGAUCAAUUUACUCAGCUCUGAAUGAACGCAUGACGAUCCCGUUAUCGUUUCGUCCGAGUGGGUCACCGACACUUCGACAGGAUUUUACUCGUGCUUCGAGGUGCACGUACCGAACCUGUGCCGUGAACAGACCGUUCUCAUUGAUACUUGGUGGGGUUCAACAGGACCGUCUCACUUUCUUGGAAAACAGUUUGAAGCACCUCUAUGAUCUUAGUCUUUUUCAAAAAAUUCUAUAUAGAAAAAACAAUAAUUUGAUCGUGUAUUUAGAUAUCCUAAAUUUCAGUUCCAAGUUUAAAAUUAAAAUUAAAAUGUAAUAGCACUGUAUCGUUUCUCUUAGAAAAAGGUUAUACUAAUUUUUGAAAUUACGAUGCAUAGAAAUUCAGCAGCAAAAUAUUUUUUUUUCUAAAUUCAAUCAUUCGAUCAAUUUCGAUCGAUUUAUUCAUCAAAGAUCGAUCGAUCUUUGGUCAGUUUUAAUCACAAGUAUUUUAAUGAACAUAGAAAAUCCCACAGAUCAAGUGAUUUAUAAAAUAUUCAUUGAGCUCACUACUUCAAACAUGUUUAGUAUCAGAUUAGUAUUAUUAUAUCUAUAUAUCUUAACUGCAUAUAUAACAUGAUCCAUUAAAAUGUUUUUUACACUCGAGGAGGAAAAGAGGGGAUCUUGAAAGUGGAGCCAAGAUUCAGCCGUCCCUGGAAACCAGAUGGGGUCUGAAAGUGCCCCGCGUGCUCGCCUUCGAAGAACAUAUCCAUGCAGUAUUAGUGUUCGCGUGAACGAGUAACUUGUCGUACCUUUUUAUCUCUAUUGAGAAGUAUCACGUUUACCAGCGGAUCCUAAGGUCGUUUUCGCGGACGUUGUCUACUUCGACCAUCGCGAACGGCAGUAAUUUUCGAAACGUCUCAUUCGUGAAUAAAUCUUCGAGGAAAAGGGAACAUCUCCAGGAAACUAUUACAGACGAUCGUUGUCGACUUUGCCAAUUUCUGCGCGAUAAUUAAACUGGAUCGACAACUAUGAAAAUCGCCACGACCUUGUUCUUCUUUGUAGUCGUCGGAUGCACGUGGCGGGAGACUCUAGGGACGUGCGUGUUUCAGUCGGACUUUGGUUUCGUGCUUAACUGUGCCUUUCGGAAGUCCGGAAUUUUUCGGGUACGAAAUCUUGGAGGUGUCAAAGGUUACGUCGGCCUGGGAUUUUCUGUGGGUGACGAGCUAGGAUUUAGUCAGUCCUUGUCCAAUGUGGAGGCUGCCAAAAGAAGAAGCGUGCAGACUAGUAGAGUUGGUUCAUCGUCCCAUACUAAUUUGGCUACCAAUCGAGAUGAAACUAGACAACACACUCAGAACACUCGACAAGUGGUGCCUCCCUUCAAACCAUUACCAGCUGGAGCAACGCGGCCGAUAGCUCAGCAACCAGAACGUCAAAAAUUGGUCGUACAACAGAAUUCUACAGUCCUUCGAACCGUGCCAGCUCCUUCCUUAUCAACAACACAGCAGGACUUAUUGAGGCAGCAGCAACUAAUGCAACAAGAAGUAAAACAGAAGCAACAAUUGAAAUUGCAGCAAGAAGCUUUCGCAUUGCAAGUACUAAAGCAACAAAGGUUACAACAACAGGAAGCUAUGAGACAGCAACAAUUGCAGAAGCUUCAACAGCAGCAGAAACAGCAACAAAUUGCUGCGCAACAACAAAUGCUGACACAGCAACAUAAAAGGCACCAACAAAUGGUACCGAUACAAGUAAAAAGAGAUCAGACACCACAGAUGCUCGCAGUUGCAGCUGCAAUGCCAGGAAAAUUACCUAACAUUGUAGCUGCAAUUCCACCAGCUGAUAGCAUCGUGGAACCAGGACUUUCGUUAAAAUCAGCGUCUUCGAGUGACGGGUUACCACCUUUUAUUUCGAUGCCACAGUCAUCUUCACAGUUGACCGAUCGAAUUAGCAAUAGUCCUACUAUUUUGCACGAUUCUGAUAACGAGGUGUCGAAAGAUGAUUUCAAUCAGCUUCCUCUACCUGGAGAUGAGGCUGCGUCUUCAGUCAACGAGAUGACUUUACUUUCCCUUCAAGCAGCUGAAUCCAGUCAGUCACAACAACAAAACGAGAAACGACAAUCGUUGCCAUCGUCAUUGCCAUCUUUAGCGCCUAUUCAAGGAAUGGAAACGUCGUUGAAAGCUCUGGCAGAAGCUAGCAAUAUUACUUUAGAAGCUCUAGAAGCUGCUAUUCUUCUCAGGCAACAGCAACUUCUACAAAAACAGCAAGGGCCAACCAGUACAAGCACGACGACGACUACAACUAUGUCUCCGCAUAAAAAUAAAUAUAAUCCUGGUGUCACCAAAGUAAUGAACGCUCCUCGUGAAUAUUAUCCAAUGGGUUAUGACAAGAACUUCGAUGACAAUUUUGCCAGUCGUGUAGAUCUUCCGGACACAAGCUUUUAUUGUGGUGACCAAAAACAUUUUCCAGGACUUUAUGCUGACGAAGAUCUUGGGUGCAUGGUAUUUCACGUUUGUGCAUUAACGGAUGAUGGCUUGAUUAUGAAGAGUUUCCUCUGUCCCGAAUCAACUUUAUUCGAUCAAUCUAUUCUCAAAUGCAAUUGGUGGUUCUACGUGGAUUGCAAAACUUCGAAAAGUUUAUAUGACAGCAACAUUCCAAUUAGCAAGAGUUAUCAGUUAAUGAAAGCACUAGCGUUUUUCUCAGCGUACAAAAACCAUGACAAUAGUACAACAUCUGCUCAAGAAAACUCAGAAAGCUCAGAAUAACUCUAAAUCUUGUUACAAAGGAACUGAAUCUUUAUUUUUAGUUAGUUUACUAGUUAGGCAUCCCCUGUGAGUUUAAUUCGUUCCACGAUUGCCAAUUUAUGUUCCUUUAAUCCAUUAAGCUUUGGAUAAUGAAAGUUAGCUUCUUUAUACAUUUUAAUAUCGAGCUACUUUCUUAAUUAGUUUGUGGUAUGUUAAGUAUUUUAAAUUAGUGUAUAAUAUUUAGAUUCUUUGUUGAGGUGUGAUCUUAAUGGAUUAAACUGAACUUUUUUGUGGAAAGAUGAAUUUUAUAAGACAAUGGAUAUUUUUGUGUCACGGUAUAACUAUUUUUCUCGUUAAUCACUGCCGUCACAAUCCCAAACGAUAAGUGUGUGUAUAUAUAAUUUAUUAUAUUAGUGGAAUGUAAUAGGCAUAGUAAAUAAUUUGUUUUAAUCGUAAUGUUGUAAAUAGUUCUACGUUGGUAUUUUCGUUGAUGUGGUUUGUUUAAUAAUAAUUCUAUUCUUGUUGACGUGGCUGUCCCCAUUCUAUAUCAUGAAAUUCUUGUCAAAAAUAUGUAAUCAAAAAAUAUAAGAAAUAUUAAAAGAUCGGUUGAAAUAAAACAGACAUAAAGAAAACGUAGAAAGCAUAAACUUUAUUGUGGCAAAUGAGAAUUAUGAAAAAUAAUACAAAUUAAAUGCCAAUAUUAAGUUAUUGCAAUUUACACGGUCAGUCUAUAAUUUCUCGUUGACGAUUUUAAUUUUCAUCGCCGUUCAAAAUUCGAUUAAAUUUUCAAAAUAUUAAAUAGAAACCUCGAAUAAUCUCUAUACUAUCAGACGAUUUUCACAGAGAUAGAAUAAUUAUAAAUAAUAAUAUAUAUUCAUUAAUACCAUCGUCUCUAUAAAAUAAAAAUUAAAGCUAUGUGAUUCGAUAAAUAAUUCACUUUUUAACAUUAUAAAACGUUAGUGAAAAUGUUAUAAUUUAUUAUUCGUUACAAAAGCUUAAUACGUCAAUAUGUUUAUGAACAUUAUAAAU